AUGUCUAAUGGAAAUCAAAAUACUACAUUGGAUAAACCACCUCAAAAUGCCACAAUAAUAAAGAGUAUCACAAAUACUACCAAUGACAUAAAUGAAGAAUCUAAUUCAACUAUUAAUCAACAAAUCAUUGAAAUACUAGAUAAAGAUAAUCAAAAUGUAACAGAGAAACCUACAGGUAAUGAUUCCCAAACGGUAUUAAAAGAACAAUAUAUUGCUGAAUCUGACUUAAAACAAAAUCAUACUAAUGAUACUCUUAUGAAAUACAUAUACAAGAAAAAUGAAAAGGUAAAUCUUCCAGAAAAAUCCAAAGGACAUGAUCAAAAUAGCCUGAAAAGAAAGAAGAGGUUCAUCAAUUCCUCUGACUCAGACAUUGUUCCCAGACCACAAAAUCUACCAGUUUCAAUAGAUUAUGUAGAUAUCGAUCACGCUAAGGUUAAGGAAGAAAUAUUUUUACCUGCAACACGAACGGGAGGAAUUGUACAAAGUUCUAAUUUAGCAGAUUUUAAUAUAGAGACAAUUCACAACGAUAAAACAAAAUCAGCUAAUGAUGACACCCAUAAGGAAAAUAUCAAUCCCAAAGCGCAAAUAAUAACGAAAUUUUCUCCAAAUCUUGAUGAAACUAAAGAAGAAUCUCAAGAAAGUGUUGAAAACCAUGAAAACAAAUACCGUUUGGAAAAGAGGCCACAAAAUAAGGAUUCCGGUGAAAAUCGAAGCCAAAGUGAAGAAAUCUCUAGCAGCAUUGAAAGUGAACAUAGCGUAGAAUUGCCAAAUACUUCAACAUCCAUUGAAUAUAUUGGAGAAAGUAAAGAAACGGAGAUGUACAGAGAUAGUAUUAACCCAAUCCCACCCAAGAAACCCCAAAACGAAAAAAAUCAGGAGUCAGAUAAGGCUUAUGAGUCGUCAAUAGAAAACAGUAGUGAAACCAACCACGAGUACACCGGAACUAUCGAAUCUAGUGAACUUCAUAGUAAUCAAGGAAAUAACUCAAAUAGCGACAACUCUCCACUAAUAGUACCAAAGCAAGAUUACGUUAAUCAUGAAAUUAAUAAAGAUAAUGUGGAUGGAUUCCCAUUACUUUCUCGUGAAAAUUAUACUAAAGAUGUUGGCACAGACUCUUUGGAGACACCUAAAUUAAGCGAAAAAGUGAGUGAUGAGAGUAAAAGUGAUGAAAAUACAGAAAUAUAUACAGACUCUCGUUCUGUAGAAGAGUUAAAGGAUACUAAAAGUGAAAAGCAAACCCGUAUUAAUGAUGACGAAGUCAAACCUGUUGUAGAACUUAAUAAUGGAAGCAUCGAGUCAAGCGAAGAAAUUUCAGACGAAGAUGUUAAUUUAUAUUUAAAAAAUAACAGUAAACUAGUUUCACUCACUCCCGUAAAGAACGUUGAUACAAAGAAAAAGGAUGCUUCAGCGCAAAGUGAUAAUUCAGAAAAAGUUGACGUUAAACAGCAGUUUGAAAGAAUACCCUUAGAUUACAAUCAUGCAAAUGAAGAAAUCAAAAAUAAUUCCAGCAAUACCACAGCCUCCCAAAUCAAACCGACCGCAAUAUCAAGUGAAGAGAAAGACAAAGAAGGUACUUUAGAUACAUUGACGCCGUUAAAUCCUACAUAUGACGAUGAGUUAAACGUAAAAUUCCAUAACGUGCCUAUAAAACUUCCAGAAAUAAAAUUACCCGAAGACAUUUUGUCUUACGCUUACGAUGGACCUUAUUAUGAAACAAAAACACGCAAAGAUAAAGAUGCUCAAAAACAAAAAUUCUACUACAAUUACGAAGAUGACGAUACUGAAAAUGUAAAGAAAGAAGCCGAAAAAAGUGGAGAUCCCAAUGCUAACUAUAUGUGGACACUAGAAUAUGGCGAAAAUCUGUAA